GGGGCCGACGAGCGGGGACCCGGCCGGCUACCUGCUCUACUGCCCCUGCAUGGGGAGGUUUGGGAACCAGGCGGAUCACUUCCUGGGCUCCCUGGCGUUUGCCAAGACCCUGAACCGCACCCUGGCUGUGCCCCCCUGGAUCGAGUACCGGCACCACCGGCCUCCCUACACCAACCUGCAUGUUUCCUACACGGAGUACUUCAAGCUGGAGCCUCUCCUGGAUUAUCACCGGGUUAUCAGCUUGGAGGAGUUCAUGGAGAAACUGGCACCAGUGCACUGGCCUCCCGGCAAGCGAGUGGCUUACUGCUUUGAAGUAGCAGCCCAGAGAAGUGCCGACAAAAGGUCUUGUCCCAUGAAGGAUGGAAACCCAUUUGGUCCAUUUUGGGACCAAUUCAAUGUGGAUUUUGAUAGGUCUGAGCUCUUCAGAGGCAUUUCCUUCAGUUCCUCCUACAAGGACCAGUGGAUGCAAAGGUUUCCACCUUCAGAACACCCUAUUCUUGCCCUACCUGGAGCACCAGCUCAGUUUCCAGUGUUAGAGGAGCAUCGGCCUCUGCAUAAGUAUGUCGUGUGGUCUGAUGAGAUGGUGAAGAAGGGAGAGGAAUAUAUUCAUUCUCUCCUGGUCAGGCCUUAUGUAGGAAUUCAUCUGAGGAUUGGUUCAGACUGGAAGAAUGCUUGCAAUAUGCUGAAGGAUGGGACAGCGGGGCCUCACUUCAUGGCUUCACCACAGUGUGUAGGCUAUGACCGAAGCACAGCUGUGCCUCUCACCAUGGAUAUGUGCCUUCCAGACCUGACAGAGAUCAAGCGUGCGCUCGAGCUCUGGGUGAAGAAGGUAGAAGCAAAAUCUGUUUACAUUGCCACUGAUUCUGAGCCCUACACCAAGGAAAUACAGCAGCUUUUCCAAGGAAAGGUCAAAGUGGUGAAUUUGCAACCUGAAGUGGCCCAGAUUGACUUGUACAUCCUUGGCCAGUCUGACCAUUUUAUUGGGAACUGUGUUUCUUCAUUUACUGCCUUUGUGAAGCGAGAGCGUGAUGUGCAUGGGAGACCUUCCUCAUUUUUUGGCAUGGACCACCCGCCGAGGCUGCGGGAUGAGUUUUGACCAGGACACGAACAAGCAGUAGUUUUUGUUCUUAGAGCUGUGAACUCGGGAGCCCUGUUGACAGAUAUACCAGGACACAAACAUUUUCAUAAAAGAAUAGGAUAUGCCAGCUGUAUUGAUAGGCUUGUCCUGAGGCCUUCAUUUCGUCCUUGUGUUAGUUCUGGAUUCAUUCUGACUGACUUCUCAGUUUUGCCAUGUUGCCAGCAUGAGAUCAGAAAGGGAAAGUGAAUUUUAAACGCUGUACAUUAUAUGAAACCUUCCAUUCUCCUUAUUUUGGAUUAUCAGCUAUCUUGAUUAGGUAGCUGUUCACAUUUCAUCUUUCUCCUAUGUCUUGUUGUUUUUCUUGGAGGUACCAGGAAGGUUCUUGUCAUGAUGGAUCAUUCCAGGUUCUCUGUAAGUGCUAAGUAUUAUUGAAAGGGAACAUGCUCCAUGAAAGGAACAUGGCUUCAGGCUCAGGACUUUUUAGGGAUUAGAUGAUCUGGGUUUUAUUCCAAGUGCUACUGCUGUCCCAUUAUGGGCCAGUCAGCUCUGUGCCCCGGUUUACCUGUCUGUAAAAUGGGUUUCAAACCUACCUCACUGGAGUGUUAUUAGGAUUGAUCCGUUACAUUUGCACAUCACUUUGAGAUCUCUAGGGUGCUUCAGAAGUACAGUGAUGGUAUAUCAGAAUGAUGCAGGUACCUGCUCAACCUGUCUUAGUGACUGCACUGACCUAGGGAGCAUGGGGCAAUAUCAUGACAAGCUGUUGGAGCUGGAUGUUUGUAACUUCACAGAUUUCAUUACUGUUGUCACAUGGUGGGAGGGAGAAGGGGAUGGCUGCAAUGAUCCCUAAAUCUUUGGAAGCUCAGAUUUUUAGAAGAAAUGGAUCUGGUAUAAAAUAACCUUAGCAAAGGAUAAGGAGAUGGUGACAACAGCGUGUGCCUUGUCUUAUUUUGGGUGAAAGUUUUUCUGCCCUCUCCACAGACUGCAUAAUCUGAUCCUCAGUGCUGGUUCCCACUACUUUAACUGGGGACUCAUCCUCUUGUGGCAAGAUAGUCUCAGAAGCCAGGAUUAGGCUGUGGCCCAGGACAGGUUAGUUUUCCAUUGGUGACUCUGGAAUUUUGUUUCCUAUCUCUGUGCGAGCCAGUCACUGUUUGGCCAAGGCCCCUUGUUCCUGUGACAUCUUGUAAUGGAUUGGGUAUGGCACUAUCUCCAAUUACUUUCUCAUAUUGGCUGUAUGAGGACGCAGAUUCACAGAAGUUUAGGGCUAGAAGGGACCUUGUGAGAUCAUUGGGUCCAGCCCCCCUGCUCUGGGCAGGAAAGACUGCUGGGGUCAAAUAACCCCACAAGGUGUGCAUCCAGUCUCCUUUUGAAGAUCUCUAGGGUAGGUACCCUGGACGUCUUCUAAUGUGCUCUUUGGUCUCUCUUCUCUUGGAGCAUUUUAUUUUGUUUUAGUUGCGCAAAUUUCUGUUCCCUGUGGUUUGAAGAGAACACUGCCGGAGGAGAUGAGGCCUGGCAGAGGUUGGAAGCCACCCAGGCUGUAAGAGCCUCUUGCUUCUCAGUGCUAAUUUCCAGAAAUGUAUGGGGCCAAGUUGUUUCAGUGAGGCUAGCUGUGAGUAUUCCAGGUGCUGGACUGCUGCGGGUUUAUGUAACUGGAAGCCCAUAAACCAAAUUGAUAUAUCUCUAGUAUUUUUCCUCCUUUUUUUAGUCCAGAAUGAUGCAAUCAAGACUGCUUUGGUUAGAAGUGGGAAAUGAUGAUGCUUUCCCAAGAUAUCAUGGUUGAGAAGAUGUAUUUUGACUCUUUUUACAGAAAAUGUAAUUUUGUAUUUUUUUUCCACAGUAAAACAUUGAAACUUA